CUCAGCUUGUGACGGGAACCACUGGGGUCCCCACUGCAGCAGCAGAUGUCAGUGUAAGAAUGGAGCUCAGUGUAACCCUAUAACUGGAGCCUGUAUCUGCAGUCCUGGAUACAGCGGCUGGCGCUGUGAGGCUCAGUGUGAAACCGGCUUCUAUGGUCAUGGAUGUCAGCAGAUCUGCCAAUGCCAGAAUAAAGCUCUCUGCCACCAUGUGACUGGAGAAUGCACGUGUCCGCCAGGAUACACUGGAGCUUUGUGUCAGGAUAAGUGUCCAGUUGGUACUUAUGGUGCUGAUUGUGCUAAGAAGUGUGACUGUAUGAAGAACAGUCGGUGCUCUCACACCAAUGGAACGUGUCUGUGUGAGGAAGGCUACACAGGACAGACAUGUGGCGUCCGCCUCUGCCCUGAAGGCCGUUACGGCUCAAAAUGUCAGAAGAGUUGUGCGUGCUACCCUCCAGGAACACAAAGGGCUCCAGGUGCUCGGUGCCAUGCCCUCCUCACGCAUACGGAGUUAACUGCUAUGCAAGCUGCAGCUGUAAACAUGGAGCAACGUGCUCACCUGUUGAUGGGUCAUGUGACUGUAAACCAGGUGCACACUGCAGCAGUCUGUGUGAAGAAGGACGGUGGGGCCCGAACUGUUUGCUGCAGUGUGAUUGUAAGAAUGGGGCCUCUUGCUCCCCAGAUAAAGGAACCUGUGAGUGUUUACCAGGAUUCAGGGGCACCUUCUGUCACAGAAUCUGCUCACCAGGUUACUUUGGACAUCGCUGCAGUCAAACCUGUCCACAAUGUGUCCACAGUAAAGAACCAUGUCAUCACAUCACAGGACAGUGCCAAUGUCUGCCUGGCUUCAAAGGACUGCUGUGUAAUGAGGUUGGCGAAGUUGUGACUGAAAGGUUCAACAACUUGACCAGCGAAGCUGAACAUGUGAACCUCUACCAAAUAGGAGUCAUUGCAGGCAUCAUUGUUCUAGUUUUCCUGGUGCUUCUACUCCUGUUCCUCUUCAUCAUCUAUAGACAUAAACACAGGAGCAAAGAGAGCCCCAUGCCCGCUGUAACCUACACUCCUGCUAGCGGGGUCACACCUACUUAUGCAUUGACGGAGGCUCACACUCCAUCAUAUGAGACCCACCCAAGCAACUAUUUUUCCAACCCAAGUUACCAUACCCUUACACCGUGCAUCAGCCUGCCACAGGCCAGCAGUGAUCAGUAUGGAAAGCUCUGCAGCCCUUUGUUUCCUGACAUGGAGGGUGUGGAUCUGGGUGUUCAUUCUGCAGCAAAGCUGAGAAACUGGAACCGAGACGCCGCCUUCACUGAGCUGGACAUCAUCCUGAUGGACUCUGGUUAUAAGCUUUUCACCAAUACUUUGGUUUUACUCUUAUUUUGA